AUGGACAAAAUAAAAGGGGCACUGUCCGAAGCCAUAUUCACCCCUUCCACUCUGUUAAAUGGACGAGGGGCUUUGCACAUGACUCAGAUAGUGCUGGGCAUCGUGACCUUCAUCCUGGCCGCUGUUCAGGGCGAGACUCAACACACCUACUGGAAUUAUGCCAUGUUCACCUGGGCCUUCUGCUCCAUCAUGACCCUCAUCAUCACCGUCAUUGAGAUGUUCCUGCUCCACCUCCUCCUCAAGUUUUGUCUGGACUGGGACGACUUCACCACGGGAAUGGCGAUGUCCUCCGCCCUCAUGACCGCGUCCGUCUUCGUCAUGUACGCCAACUUCUACAUCUGCCAAAAAUGUUUGUACUCGAUUUUGAUCGCCUUCCUCGCCCUACUUUGCGGCGUGGCCUACAUCUUAGAGGUCGUGAAAGAUAAGUUAAUGGAUAAGAAGAAGGGGAGCUACCUGGCCACCCUGCCUGGAUUCUGGAAGGUUCUGGAGGCUUUCGUGAGCUGCAUAAUUUUUAUCUCCCUCACGGGUUACGACGGGAAACCGGCCCUGAUAAUGUGCAUUGUGGCCUAUGUUAUUCCCUUCCCCAUCAUCCCUAUUAUCAUCAUCACCAACAUCUUUAAAAAAAUUAAGAACUGUUUGCCAUUUAGUAUAGACAGGUUUGUGUUUAUAUUUCUGGUCAUCUCUGUGGUUCUCUAUACCUUUGCUGCCAUCAUCUGGCCCAUCUAUACGUUCAGAGGCAACCCUCGUCCCAGUGACUGUCCUGGAAGCUUCUGUAUCUGGGCCAUUCAGUUCAUGGUGGCAUUCAUGACAUACGUCAAUCUGAUCCUCUUUGUAGUGGACUUGGUGUUCACCCUGCUUGGGAUAUGUGGCUUCAAACGCUCAUAGCUGACGUCUAGCGGUAACUGAUCUCUGUCUGUAUGUCCAUCUCUGUUUUACUGAACUAUUUAAUCCAUAGCUUUAUGAAUUAUUUGUUGUUGCAUUGAAAAGUAAUUUAACGAAAGCUGCUUGUUUCUGUCAUCUUUUUUGAUUUAGAAAAAAAUAUUAUAGUUUAAGUAGAACAAAUAUAAACCGUGCAGUGACCUCUGAGGAAUUUGUCCUAAUUAUCCAUAUAGAACGUGAAGAGUAUAGUUACAGCUAGUUUCCGUCCUACUAUGGGUACAUUGACUUCAAUACAAAACCUAAGAGGCUCACGGUUCUCACCCCCUUCCAUACAUAGACUUACACAGUAAUUAUGACUACUUCCGGAGGAUGUCCUCGAACCUAUCAGAGCUCUUGCAGCAUGAACUAACAUGUUGUCCACCCAAUCAAAGGAUCGGAGAAUGAAUUUAGUACUGAAAGCAUAAACUACAGCUAGCUAGCACUGCAGUUCAUAAAAUGUGGUGAGUAAGUUAGAUGACUCAAAGAGAAAGACAAUAGUUAAUUUCUUCAAAAAUUAAGAAGCAAGAGAGAGAGCUAGCUACUGUAUAUUUCGUUGGUAUUUGUUUCACUUUCACUUACUUAGCUAGCAAAUGCAGCUAGCUUGUUUAGCCUACUCAAACACGCGGCUUAAACAGAAAGGGAUGCUAUGUUAGCUAGCUGGCUAAGGCUAUCCAAAACUAGAACUCUUCCAAGUCAAGGUAAGCUGGUGUAACUGCUAAAGUACUUGCUAUACACUGCACUGCAUGAUUGUAGCAGGUUUACUAACGCGUUAGUUCUAGUAGCUAUGUUGACUAUGAUGUAAUAUGGUGACAACGAUGUAGGCUGUGUGUAGCGGUUAUGGUAUGAGGGUUUGGCUUGGAUUUUUUUUUUGCCUGGUCACAGACAGCUGUUGUGUUGUGCACUGAAGUCCACAAGCGAAGGGAAAAGGUGAGAGGAGGAGAGCGAGUAGAUGCGAGAAGGAAUUAUACAACGAGCAAUGUGAUCAUGCUGUUUGUAUGUGGCUGCUAUGAAAGUGAACUGUGUGUGUGGGUGAUCAGGGGUGUUCAUUACGCCGAUUAUGUUAAAACAUUUCUUAAAUGGAACCAAAUGGAAAACGUAACGGGGAUAAACAUACCUGAAUUUGUCCAAUAGAAACUAUCGUUGCAGGCAAGAGUGUGCAAGGCGGUAUUGAAUGUGUAACUGUCUGUGUCCUUGAUUACAAAACAUGUGCUCUCAACCUGUGCACCUACGUUGUAAACUUUCAUUCGUAGGCUAGGUUAUAGCAACCUCAUGAUGGUUAUUGGGACAUUUUUUGUAUCAUGUAGUAGCCUAAACCUAUCGAUGUUACAUUGAGCUGGGUGAAUGGAAUAUGAAUGACAGUCAUCCAAUAUGUUGCAAUAGAAAUAAGGCCAUGCUCAUUUAAAAAAAAGUUGUCCUUCCUAAUCUUAAACGGCACCGACCGCCACUGGUGCACGGUCAUGUUCGCAGCCACCACACUCAUCUUCGCCAUCAAAUUUGCUUGCCUGUCCUACAUCAGCAGUAUCUUCUGCGUCAUCUUCUCAUCAUAAGGAAAAUUAAGUGUCUGGAGGGCUAUUUGUCCAGUCUCAGUGGGUCCUCCGCUUCAUAGAGGCCGUCUUGGCUUGCAUCAUCCUGGCCUGCACCACAAACUACUUCCUGGGUGUGCGGUGGGUCAUCUGCCCGCUUGCUAUGGUGUGGUGCAUUGUGGUCUAUAUAGUUUGCCUCCCUGUCACUGUGCUCAUCAUACUCAUCCAUCUGAUCAAGCUACUUGAAUGCUUCAUCUCCUGUAAUGGAAUGGAGCUGUUGGAGUUGGGUGUCAACAUAGUGGCUGUGGUGUUGUAGCUGUCUGUUGACAUCCUCUGGCCCGUCUUCGGUUACAGACACUACCCUAACUAUAAUCUGCCUAACUGUGACUAUUGUCGCCAUGAUGACCUG